AACAAUGUUCAGCACCAGCUUCGAAGACUACUGUGACUUCAACGACAGCAUCUGCAGCAACGACUCCGGGAUCGAUCGCUCGUACACAGAUUCCUUCAUAAAUUCCACAAACAGUACUCCAAUCAAACAUGAAACUUCAGACCUUGGGAUAUCUCUCACCCCAACCAAAGAUGUGAGGAGAAAACUCUUCAACGACGAUUACGAACUCUUCCAAAAUCCAACAGACGAUGUUAAAGUUUUUGAAGAGAACAUACAAAAUAUUAAUACAUCGACGCCUAAGAAAGAGAAAAAGCCAAAGGAUCCUAACAAGCCUAAAAGAAAAUAUGCCAACGGAAAAAACAGAAUUUCAAGAUGCAAAAGUCCUACACAGCUCAUGAAGAUUAAGAGAAACCGAAGAAUGAAGGCCAAUGAUAGAGAAAGGAAUAGAAUGCACAUGCUGAACGAAGCCUUAGACAGACUGCGAUGUGUACUACCAACUUUUCCUGAAGACACAAAGUUAACUAAAAUAGAAACUCUACGCUUCGCACAUAACUACAUUUUCGCUCUAAGUGAAACAUUAGAAUCUUUAGAUAACAUAAAUUCUGGACAAGCUCCGGUCGAAGAUUACAAUCUAAACUAUGAGAAGCUACAAAACUAUUCAAUAGGUGGUGAGAAAAUCACAAAAGAUGCUUUUAGAGAUAUAUUCCCAGUUCCAAAUAAACCUGAAGGUUGUAAUGAUGGUAGUUACAGAAACUUCCAAGGGUUCAGUAGACCGUUUCCAAAUGGAUCCAAUUUCAUGCAGACUAGUGAAGGUGUACUCAUUAACGUUGGAAAUGUAACUGUAUCAGUGAACAAUAAAGGUGGAAAUUGCAUCACAUCUACAACAGGAACAGGUUUCUUCACCCAUCCAUCAAGUUUCGGAGAAGAUAUGAACCAACAAGUUUACCAAUACGAAAGGUAUGGCGCACCAUCCUACAAUGAAGGUUAUGAAGCAAAUAAUAUGCCUGGAGAAUACUUCAAUCAAAAGAAUUACGAAAUAUUCAAAAAUGCUUUUGAUACAGCUGCAAAGAGCAGGAAGAUUGAGAAGACUGAAGAUUAUAGUAAUUAUGGAAGAUAUAAUAAUUCUAUGUAUGGAUACACUGAUACUAAUUGUUUUAAUGGAAAUACUAAUGAGUAUUUACAAAAUAGUUAUUAUUAUAAUGACCAAAGAUGUUACAGAAACUUCUAUAACAGGGCUCCUAGUGUUGUGAAUGCUCAAAUUUGA